AUGCCUGUCGAAGCUCUUAAACGCAGUCAUACUGUGACAUCCUUUGAGCCUUUCACGCUUCUCUCUGCUUUGUCAGUAGUAACAGAGAAGAUUGGGCUUGCGGCGACGGCUUCUACCACAUACGAUGAGCCAUACCACAUCGCCCGUCGUUUCGCGUCAUUGGAUCACCUCAGCAACGGCCGAGCAGCAUGGAAUAUUGUUACAACUGGCAACCCCGAGUCAUCCAAGAACUUCGGACAAGACGAGCAUAUGCAGCAUGGUGACCGUUACAAGCGGGCGCGAGAGUUCUACGAUGUGGUGACGGGGUUGUGGGAUAGCUUCGCCGACGAUGCCUUUGUUCGCGACAGGGAGAGCGGCACUUACGUCGACCCCGAGAAGAUACACACUCUCAACCACAAGGGAGACGACUUGAGCGUCCGUGGGCCGUUGAACAUCGCUCGCCCGGUUCAAGGCUGGCCUGUUAUAGUUCAAGCUGGACAGUCCGACCCAGGGAGGCAGCUUGCAGGAGAGACGGCGGAAGUUGUGUUCUGCUCCCCGAGAGACCUGGAAUCUGCCAAGGCCUUGUAUGCAGACAUCAAAAGUCGAGCAGCAGCAUCUGGCAGAAAUCGCGAGCACAUCAAGAUUCUCCCAGCCGCCAUGGUAAUCAUUGGCGACACGAUCGAGGAGGCCAAAGAGAAACGACUCAAGCUGGACAGUUUGGUGCACUACGACAGUGCCAUAGCAUCCCUGUCCAUCAUGCUGGGGACUGAUGCAUCGGCAUUCGAUCCAGACGGCCCGCUACCGAAGGAUCUGCCGGAGACCAAUGCGAGCAAGACAGCACGGGAAGGCGCGCUUAAGCUUGCCAACGACGAGGGGCUGACUGUCAGACAGCUCGCUCAGCGGUUUGGGGGGUAUGCUGGACUAGCUUUCGUAGGAACUCCGGAAAGCAUUGCGGACGAUAUGGGGCAGUGGCUGGCAGACGAUGGAGCUGAUGGAUUUACCGUCACGUUCCCUUUCCUGCCCCAAGGUCUCGACGACGUCGUCGAGCGGUUAGUCCCAGAACUUCAACGCCGUGGCAUCUUCCGGAAAGACUAUGAAGGGACGACGCUGCGCGAACAUCUUGGUCUUCCACGGCCGAAAAAUCAGUUUUUUGAGAACUCAUAG